GUGACGCGCAAUGUAGUUGCCUCUGAGGUGGCCCAUGUGGAGACAGCUGUAGGGGCCGGGCCAGACAUGAACCCCUUCGCUUGGUAUCUGCCGCCGCCGCCCCCCAUGUUCUGCGCGUCGCCUGCCUGGGAGCCCGGCUUCUGGGGGCCGCCCACCGACUUCGGGCCGCCCGGCCCCUGGUACCAGCCGGCGCCCGGCUACGGGGAGCAGCACCAGGGCCCGCCCCCAGGUGGGAGCUGCCAUUUUGCCUCAGAAUGGCAAGCUGAGCAAACGCCCCCAUAUUACAGACGUUCUGGCAGUGGAAACUACAAACAGAAGAACAAAAAGAAGAAAGAACCAGAUUUUGCUCAUUAUUGUGAUACGUGUGAUCGUGGCUUUAAAAACCAAGAAAAGUAUGAUGAACACAUUGCACAGCACACACAGUGCCCAGAAGAGGGUUGCAGUUUUCGUGCACACGAGAAGUUAGUUCAGAUGCAUUGGAAGAACAUGCAUGCUCCUGGUGUUAAAAGAAUUAAAUUGGAUACUCCAGAGGAGAUCGCUAAGUGGAGAGAGGAAAGAAAAAAAAACUUUCCUACAGUAGCAAACAUUGAAAAGAAGAAAGUAUUGCAGAGAGAGAAAGAAGAGAGAGGUGAAGUGCUGACAACUCCACAAUUUGGCAAAAUGAAGGGUAUGUGGAAAGCUCCUCAAGAAGAAAAAUCAUCAGGGCAGCAGGAAAAACAGAAGAGAAAGCAGAAGCGUCAGUUCUGGAAAAAGUUUAAGAAAAGUGGUGAAGGUGCUAAUGCAUCACCACAGAAGGCACAAAGUGCAGCCAAUAGAUCGGAAGAGCAUGCAUUUCAGAAGGAACCUAAAAAACAGCCUGUUUCAGAGGCCCAGGCUUGUGCAAAGGAUGUGGAUCCACUUAGCAUUCUGGCUAAUAGUGAUGCUGAAUCUGACAAGGAUGAAACAGCCAUGGAGGAUGGAAAGGUGGGACUAACUGUAAUUCCAAAGCAGGUAACCUCAGCCCUGAGCUCACUUGUGGCUAAUUAUGGCAGUGCAACGGAUAGUGACAGUGAGCCAGAAGAAGUUCCUGUCAAGAUUGUAACUAAAGCUCUUGAGGAAAACCAGAUCGUGCUGAGAAAUGCUCCCCAGGCUUCAAAUAUACCUCACAGUCUGAAUAAUGUGAACCAUGAAGAACGUACAAAGUGUAUAAGCGCAACAUUAAGAAACUCAAAUACAAACACGGGGGCUUACAGAGGUUCUAAUAAACGGGGAAAGAAGUCUCUCGCAGUACCAUCUAAACGUCGUCCAACACUCCUGGAAAUGUUAUUGGCCCAGGACAUACGCCAUGAAAGGAAUGUGAUUUUGCAGUGCGUACGAUACAUCAUCCGAAAUGACAUGUUUGGACUUCAGCUGAAGGCAGAGCCAGUAGCUAAAGCAGAGGCUGGACAGGCUUCUAGAGAUGCAGCAGAAUUUUUGACAGACAGACUUGAUGGGUAUAAUGAUUCUUGUAGCUCUGACCUUCAAUUAGCAGGAGGAGAACAGAAUACAUUAUUUAUAGCUCAGAGUGAGAAAGCAGUCUUAGCUCAGACAUCACAAAUGAUUCAGUCUGUGGAUGAGGAGAUAUGGGAAACACCAGCAGUGCAGUGUGAAGAAAACUGAUGUUUGCUACAUUGUGUCUGUUCAGGAUGAGACACCCUAGACUUGCUUUUUUUUUUUUUUUUUUUUUUUUUUUUUUUUUACAUGACGGAUAUAUAUUUUUUGAAAGACGUUAGGAUAGCAAAAUAACCAAUUGUAUUUUGGACCUCAAGAACCCUUAAAAUAAUCUAAGAUAUUUGCCAGAAGUGACCAUUCCCAUUAGAAACCUUCCUUUUUGGGUGAUUCUGACUCGAGUUGAAAAGCAGCAGUGGUAUAACAGAAUUUUAAUCUUCAGCAGCAGUAUUUCCUUCCCUCUUUUUCAACUGAGGACUGCUUCAGUGCACACCAGGCCAGUGUUUAAAGUCAGUAUUCGGUCAAAAUUCUGCUGUUGUAAAAUGGGGUUCUCUAACUUUUAGCAAGCAGGUACAGCUGGAGGGUGUGCAAUGUUGUGGAAUACAAAUUGAAUACAGCUCACGAGUUUUUUCUGGUUCAAAGUAUUAAACUGAAGAAAUAAACUUGGUUUGGCACUGAAAACUUCAUUCACAUUAGUUCUGUCUUUGGCUUGGUAAAUCAAUCAGUUGAGCAAAGAAAUGGAAACACGGUGAAACUGGUGGCUCUGGGUGGUGGGGUGGAGAGUUGUGGGAAGUAGAGUUGAUUGAAAUCAUUCUAACAAGUGACCAGUCAAAACUCUGGCUUUUUAUCAAUGGUUUAAUGGUGGGGCUAUGACUUCAGACUUUUUUAGUUCCAUCUCAAGUCUCAACUGCAAUAGCUGGUUGUUUCAUGACUGAGCUAGCUCCUGCAUGAAGGGAUGAAUUCUAUAUUUCACUUAAUAUUUAUCUAGGAAACUUACUAGGAUGAGUUACCAUUUAUCUUCCCUAACUUUUUAUGUAAAAUUAAGGCCUUAUUAUCUGCAUUCUAGAGCCUGAUUCAUUUUUAUGAUGCUGGUGUUGCAUCUAGUGGCUUUCCCAGGAAUCAUGCUAUUAAUUUCACUUGUACAAAAUGUUCAUUCUUCUGUGUUGUGACCUAGUGUAAAUAUCACACCAGCUAUUCUGAACUUAACUUGCAUCAGUUGAGGCUUUUGAAGCAAGUUCACUAUCUCUGAUGAUUAGUGUCUGUUCACUUGUCAGAUACCUUUUAGUAACAUUCAUGUGUUUGUCACACUUCCAUUGAAAAUGUGAUGUGAAAAUUAUCUUUUGUUUCAUUCACCAACUGAAGAAAAUCCCUCCAUUUAAUAUUUUAGCCAUGAUUAAAUACCAUGGGCUCAGUUGCUGAGUUAAAUUGCCUUCUCAGGGAUUGGUUUUACUUGCUUUGGUCAAUUCUGAUACAGCUACCCCUUUCCAAUCACUUGCUAAAUACUAAGGAUUGCAGGAUUUUUGUAUUACCUAAUAACUAUAUGUAUUUUAUGUUCACCUGCUUUGCUUUAGAAGCCUUGCCAGCUGUAUAAUCAUACAUGGUGUUCAGGCAGGAGUGGUAGGUUAUAGCUCAAAAUUGUCUUUAUCAUUCUGCUGUUUAUAGCUACACUAUGAUUGUAAAGCACUAUAUAAAUUUAUGGAAUUAUUUAAAUAUUAACAUCCCUUUAAGAGGGUUGUGAAUCCUAGGAAUGUGUGUGUAUAUAUAAAUAGAUUGAUAUAAAAAACAUAAACUUACUAUAUUUAUACUUUUCAAAUAAGAUGAUUCAUUCUUCCUAUGGUGGUCCCACAUUAUCACUUACGUUCAUUAGCAUGAACGUGUGACUCUUAAUAGUUGAUUGCAAUGAAAAACCAGCAAGGCAAAUUUAGCCAAGGACACGGGAAGUCUUACAAAAAUGGAUUUAUGGGUGUGUCUAUAUCGACUCUGCAUGUGGUGAGACUACUCUACUCUACAGUGCAGUGAACAAAAAUGAAUACCUUAUGACUGCUGAAUUGCUCCUUCACCUCAGCCCUGAAAGUAACUGAAGCUGAGGGCAAAUCUUCCUGUUGCUUCAGUUGUUGCAGCAUCUACCCUGGGUAAGGAAAGCCCAAAUCUAAAAUACUUACACUUGUAUCUUCUCUGACCUGUUAAAUUCUGCCUUAUUGUACAAAAAACUU